UGAGGGGCUACUAAAUUCCUCCAUUAAAGUUGUUGUCGGAGCAGGUUCUCUUCAAUAUUGAUAUCGGUCUGGCUGACCCUAAAGGUGAGGGUUUUUUCGAUUUUUAGAUAUUUGAUCUUUUUAUAGAUACUAAUUUUUUUUAUGUAGAAAUGAGGCCUGAAGAAUUGGAGAAGCUGAAGAAGGGUGCGAUGAAGAAGAGAAAGGCACCCUCUUCAUCCACCGCUGAUGUCCAGAAGAAAUUGAAGACUUCAGGCGAGAGUCAAAAGAAGGCACCCCCUCCAGCCUUUGCUCAGGCGGCAGUCAUAUCAGUUCCACUGAUACAAUCUUGCCCUCCGAAGCUCGCUGCGCUCUCUGGUCCCCAGGCUGAUCCAACCCAAGUGAAGUCGGACUCUGCUAGACUAUCCAUGGAGCGGAGAUAGGGGUCAGCUUCGCCAUCUAUCGAUGAUGUCAUCGAUGAUUGGAAGACUGCCAACAAUAUCUUUCGAAAGAUGCUUUUUGACACUGGCAUAGAAAAGGUCGAAGGGGAGAGCUCCACAAGGCAAAAGAAGCGGAUGAUAACCUCUCUAGUUUGGAUGGGUCACUAUGUCAUCGCCCUUAUUAAUAGAUUGAGUGACAUUGAAAUGGAAUUGGCCAAAGCACAUGAAAAGCGCAAAGCAGCUGAAACUUCUGAAGCUAAGGCGAAUGUUGCUGCUGUUGAGGUCCAAUCCAAGGUGGAAGCUGCAGAAGCCGAAGUUGCCCACCUGAAGAAGGUGUUAGAGGAGGCCAAGGCUUCAAAGGCGAAGGUGGCCUACUUGGCUUCAAAAAAAGAGAGAUGGCAGGAGGUGCAAGCCAAAGUCGCUGAAGCUGAAAAGGUGGAGGAUCGGGCUGCCGAAGCUAGGUGCAAGGUGAUGGAAGCUUUCCAUGCAUCCGAGGAGUUCUCCCAGGAAAAGAUUGACUUAAGCUAGGAAGCUUUCAUUGUUGGGGGAGUCGUUUGCUGCCAAAGGAUAACGGUGCGCUUUUCGGGGAUGGAUCUGAGCUUCUUGGAUAAAGAAGAAGAGCCGAAGGAGAAGAAGGAAGAACCAAAGGAGGAGCCUCAAGAAGUGAGGGACUUCCAUCUGCUGAAGCUACUAAAGGAUGCUCUGAAGCUGCUUGACCAUCGAAGGUUGUGCCGACAUCUAUUCCUACCGAAGCUGCACCAGUUUUAUUGCCACUAGUGGAGU